AUGGUUUGAGUUUGCCUGAGUAGGAAUCCGGAUCACAAGAGAAACUCAGCCCCCGGACUGCCAAGAACUGGAGGCGGGGUGAAGCGGGUGAGGCAGGAUCACAUCCCGGUGAGAUGCAUUGCUUCUUCGCCGCUCCUACAGCCUCACUUACUUCACAUACGACUCAAAUUCAAUAUUCAGUCUUGCCAUAAUGUGGAUGUUUGACUGUUGUACUCAUCCGAAGAUCUUGAUCGACGACGACGAGAUCAUUCCAUAGGGCAGUCAACAACAAGAUGUUGCGCCAGCCGUCCCAUUCGAGCUCGAUAUCAACUUCCGCCAGUCCCAAAGGACGCUUGAGCUUCUUCAAGAAGAGACCUUCGACCAGCAGUACGAUAUCUCGGGAAGAUCAUGGCUCCUCUGAUAAGAUAUUCGAUGCGCAACACUCGGACAAGAUACCAAACUCCCCCGUCUUCUCAGACCUUGAAUUUGCUCGAGCGAACAAUGGCGUACCCUCCCCCGACAGCUUCGUUGCUGCGACUCAUGAUUCCGAAUACCUGCAUCUCCGCGAGAACAUCCGGCGCAUGAAGAAAGCUCCGUCUGGUCCGGAUCCGAAGAAGGUCGAUGCAGCAUGGGAAGUCUAUAAGAAAGUGAGGGAUGAUUCUCUGCAGCUCUGCAGAAGUCUUCUGCAAAAGUCCCGUAAGACAUGCCCGCAGAUAUACGUAGGGGAGGUUCUGCCAGAAUGAGCCAAAUGCUGAUGGCAGAAUAGAAUUCCAUGGACAACAUGUCUCACUUGAAUCUAAUAUCAGCCCUCUGGAGACUAGAUCAUCAAACAGCGGCUCUCUCAUUGAGACUACUGUUCCUUUCCAGGUCAACGAUCAAUGGCUAUCCGCCAUCAACGAAUACAAAACUGCCCAGGAAGCAAUGCUUGAGAACCUUCGCACAUCAUUGGUAACUACUUACAAGGCAUACGAAGCAGGCGCAUCAGACAGGCAAUUGCAGGCAUUCUUGAGUGAUAAAGUGCUACGGAAGAAUCUGAUCGACAAGUGGAGGGACGAGAGCAUACAUCGGAUGAAGUCGGAGAAACAUCUUUUCUGGGAGCAUUACCGAAUACGGUCAUUGAACUUCGACAGGUUAAAGCUUGACCUGAAAGCUAUUGAAAAGAUAUUCGGUGAGGUAGAGGAUGGACAAGCACCGAAUCUGGCCAUAAGAGAAUAUGUGAUUGCGAGGGAUGGAGACACGAUCCUGGAAUUUGCGAACGCAGCUUCAGAAAUUCAUCCGAUUUUAAGAUUCCGGGUAUCGUCUCAUCUUUUGGCAGCAGCAUCACCACUAUUCUUCCAAUUCCUUUCGUCCCAGAAACCUGGAGGCAGCCAGCCACUCGACAUGAUCAGUCAACUCCCUCCACCUCCGUCAAGGCACAUUUGCAAGGACGGGAUGGAAGUUAAAGUUUACCAGAUGCCUCAAAUAGAAUUGAACAACAACGAAGGUCUCACCAUCCUUUUUCAUGCCGCACAUAUGCACAAUCCCAAGAUCCCCAGGCAGAUUGAGUUUCCGGUCUUUGUGAGCAUUUCAGAAGUGUGUCUACGAUAUCGAUGCACUUCACCACUGGAAUUACAGGUUGAAUAUCAGUGGUUGCCUCAAUGGAUACAUCUAAUAGGGGACGAUAAUGCUGACGGGUUCCUGGUUAUUGCUUAUGCCUUCGGGCUGAGGAGGAUUUUUACCAGAAUGUCAAAGUCAGCCAUCUUGAAUGCCACUAGCGACGAGGAUAUCCAGAGCAAAACGUUGUGGCCACAAGCAGUUAGGGACAAGAUCAAAGCAACUAGAGCAGCUAAGCUGGCUCAAAUCCAAGAUUGCUGUCAGACUGCAAUUGGAGAAUAUUUCCGCACUCCCUCUAGCUCUGCUGAUCAAGGCCCAAAUAUUGGAACUUUGCAAUUGACUUCGCAACCGCGGUGUCCGAGGAACUCCCACAUGUGUGACGCAACAAAUCUUGGCUGGCUCAUGCUCGUCUACAACGAACUUCAAAUCUUACCCAGCAUCAUGAAAGAUGUAGGUUUCCAGGAUCUACCAGACUCGCCCAAACAUAGCGUACAAAACCUCGUUGAUUGCUUGAGAUUGAUGCCAAGUGCUCCUCAAGUUCACAGCGGUGUUUGCGAUUAUGCAGCCGCCUUCAGAAGCGACAUUAAUGAUAUCUACAAUAGUGUCAAAGGUCUAACCCUACACGACGUGAGUGGAAAGAACGGCUGGGCUUUGUCGAAGAACGCUGGUCCAUCAGAGGACAGGUUGGACGAUCUUCCCAAAGAUGCAGCCGAGCUCGAAGCCCCGCUCGAAUACAGACGGCAAACAAGAAGGCAGAUAGCCAUAUCAAACGAGGAUAUUAGCAUGCGAAUCCUUUCUCACCUCGAGAACAUGGAAGAUCUCAACUCCGCCGCAAUGAUAGACAAGACAUUCUACCAUGCCUACAAGCGCAACGAAGCCACCCUUCUCAAGAAUGUUUUCAAAGCUGAGCGACGAAGGACCAUGUCAACAGCAAACCAAGAUGUUUCCGGCCUACGGAAAGGUCUUCGGCCAAACUCCCAGAGAUCAAGCCCACUCAACCUAUCCAUUCCUGGCUCUAACCAAGAGCCCAAAUCCCUUGCUGCUGAUAGGCUACGCUUUCCACCCGCCGUAGGAGCAACAGGCAGCGACGCAGAAUCCAACGAUCUGUACGAUGCAUCCCCUCCUUUCUCGCCUAUCGAAGAUGACGAUGAAGACGAGGUUGUUGAGGAAGUUGAUGAAAUCCCCAUGUCUGAAGAGGAAGCUCAUCGUAUCCUCUGGCCGGACGCUGUGUCGACGCGAGUCUCUUCACCUAUAGUGAGGGCUAGGGUGAAUAAUCGGGAGCGAGCGCCGGAGAAUAACGAGAAAUGCUUGGUGGGUGACGUGGUGCAUAUUGAAGAUAAAGUGCGCAUUGUAGAUGGCGAUAAGCAUUUGAGAGACGAGAAGGAUAUGGCGCUGGGUUUGGGGAGUUACAAAAAGUGAUUUGAUUUUGGUAUGACAGAGGAUCUGUUGGAUCAUGUGCUAUGAAUUUGCAUUAUGAGGUGUUCUGGGUUUGGGUAUACCUUAAGUUGGGCAUUGGAUCUCGGCGUUUGAGUGAGGAAUAGGAGAUUAGGAUAUCCUCCGAUUAAGGCUGGAUUCAGAUGGCGCUCUAUACCCAUGCGCAUGAUUUAGGAAGUCAAAGAAUGUAUGAAAAUAUCAUCUAUACUUAGUCAGCAAUCUCGUCUACCAGAUGAACUGUGGAGAGUCGUGGUCAAUUUCUUUUGGGCAACAUACCAGCUGCUAUCACUUUACUCGCUCCAUUACAAUUAACAGAGUCAUACAAAGAAAGAAGGGCUUAAAACGAC